ACUAACCGCAUGCAUCCAUACCUCGGCAUCACCACGACUUCCACUGUCAAGACAACCGACGUCGUCGCGAAUAACGACCCGCGAUCAACAACGACCCUCGAACACCAACCAAUAAUCCCCAAUCGUCUUACCAUAACGCCAGGAGUUUAUAUCCCGGACUAUACGUCUCAUCCACACGACGCAACUCAACUUAACACGAACACGAAAGCGAUCAUCAUACACCGAAACCCGCAGCCAUGGCCAACCCGCAAGACUACAACUACAACUUCUACAACGUCACGUUUCCCGCGGAAUACGUGGCGCAUGUUGAGAUCAAUCGACCGGAGAAACUGAAUGCUUUUGUGGAGGAGAUGUGGCAAAACCUCGCUCUCAUAUUCCGCAAGCUCUCGCACGACCCCAACGUGCGCGCCAUCCUCCUAACCGGCGCGGGCGACCGCGCCUUCACAGCCGGUCUAGACGUGCAAGCAGCAUCCCAAGGCUUCCUCACAACCCCCUCCAGCGACCCAGCCCGCACCGCAACCGCCAACAAGCGCCACAUCCUCGACUUCCAAGAAUGCAUCUCCGCGGUGGAGAAGUGCGAGAAACCCGUUCUCUGCGUCCUCCACGGCAUAUCCUUCGGCCUCGCCCUCGACCUCAGUCUAUCCUGCGACAUCCGCUUCAGCACGACCACAACCCAGUUCAGCGUCAAGGAAGUCGACAUCGGGCUCGCAGCCGACAUCGGCACGCUGUCACGCUUACCCCAUUCCGUGGGCAAUAUGUCGUGGAUCAAGGAGAUUGCGCUUUCGGCGCGGGUUUUUGGCAGCGAGGAGGCGUUGCGGGUCGGGCUUGUUAGUCGGGUGUUGGGGGGGAAGGGGGAGGCGGUUGGGGAGGCUCUCAAGCUUGCGGGGCUCAUUGCGACGAAAUCCCCCGUUGCGGUUCAGGGGACGAAAGAGAUUCUCAAUUACUCUCGAGAUAGGACGGUUGCGGAUGGGCUGCAUUAUACCGCGGUAUGGAACGCGGCCAUGUUACAGACCCAAGACCUCAAGGACGCCAUGUUGAGCGGGCUGCAGAAGCGAAAGGCCACUUUCAGCAAGUUGUAAAACAAGACACGAGAAGAUGUAAACUGGACUUGAUAAUUUUCAUUGACUCUGAGCGCCUGGAAGAGAAUUGACCAUGCCCAAAACCCAUCCCGCGUGAGCGUCACUCAUAUCCCAUGGCAUGCUACAGAAAAUGUGGAAUCAUAAUUUUCCCAUAUGCGCCCUUCGACUAUCUCGUCUGCACAAACUUAUCCCCUCGCCAUAACACCCCAGCAGCGGAUGCGGUUAUCAGUGUAACCGGCGAACAGGGUCUGGCCGUCGGCGCUCCAGGCCAGGGACACGCACUCGGGCUCGCGGCUCUUCUUGCCAACCUCCAUGUACUCGGGCUUCAGCUCGUCAACCUUGCUCUUCUUCUCGAGGUCGAAGAUGAUGAUGCUGGAGGCAGUGGCGGCGCACAGCCAGUAGCGGUUGGGGGAGAAGACCAGGGCGUGGAUC